AUGGCUGCGCUGAAACGUACUCUGGAUGACUCUACGUCAAGCCGUAAACCCAAAAAAUCCAGAACAGAAUCACAUCAAACUAAAGCUUCUUCGUCCCAAACUAGCAAAACUUCGUCCUUGUUGUCCACUGAGGUUGACUUUCCUAGAGGAGGAGGAACGUCUUUUACUCCACUUGAAGUUAAAGCUAUCAGAGCAGAGGCUGUAAAAGAAGCUAACGCUGAACUUUUUCAAGAUGUUUCCAACGAAAAAAAAAGCAAAAAGAAGAAGAGAAAGACUGAUGUAGAAUCUUCAAAAGCCCAACCUUCAGAAUCAAAAGACAAGAUUAGAAUCGAACAUCUCAAUUAUAAACGCCUGAAUGUGGGAAUGAAAAUUUUUGGCCAAGUUGUCUCUAUCUUACCGCUUGCGUUGAUCAUCUCAUUACCCAAUCAACUCUUUGCCCACGUCCCAAUAACGAAUAUAUCCUCUCAAUACACCCAAAACCUGGAGCGGGCUGAGGAGGAAGAAGACUCAAUAAUGGACGACGAAGAAGAUGAAGAAAAUCUUAAAAAUGGUAUACCAGAGCUGUUCGAGUUAUUCAGGGUUGGACAAUAUGUACGAGCCGUUGUUUCUGCCGUUCACCAGCCCGGUGCAAGCGACACUUCUGGCAUAGGCAAAGCAAGAGAUGAUGCCACUAAAGCAAGCAAGAGGAUCGAGCUUUCCUUGAUUCCUGAAAGUGUUAAUGCUGGAGUUUCGAAAUCUGAUCUGAAAGAAGGAUUCACGAUUACUGCUGCUGUAAAAAGCAGUGAGGACCAUGGUUACAUUCUCGACCUUGGAAUUGCAGACGUCUCGGGUUUCUUACCUCAGAAAGAGGCCGACAAGGGCAGACUAAACGACGCGAAGCUACCAGUUGGUAGCAUACUGAAUGUUUCAGUUACCAAAAUGUCUUCGAAUGGUCGAACUUGCACAGUCAGUACAGACGCCUCUAUCUUUACAUCCUCUUGUCUCUCUGAGAUAUCUUCAGUGACAUCUGUGCUUCCCGGAACCCUUGUGCAAGCUUUGAUUACCUCUGUUCAUCCACACGGGCUCAAUUUACAAGUACUGGGUUUCUUUGAUGGAACAAUCGACCGUCUACACCUUGACGAAGAGCCAGAUUCCUAUAAAGUUGGCAAGAAAGUCAAGGCCAGAAUUUUGUAUGAAUACUCGUCUUCAUCACCACCUAAGUUUGCUCUCGCUCUUGUUGAUCACAUCGUCAAACUUCGAGCGCGUAUGGGGGUUGGUAAAAACGAGGCGGAGAGUGGCAACAGUAUCCAGGAGCUAUACCCUGUCGGCACGCUGCUGGAUGCUGUCAAAGUAGUCCGAUUAGAGACUGAACGUGGCUUGAUCGCUGAAAUUGCUCCUGGCAUUGAAGGAUUUGCCCAUAUUUCUCAUAUAUCUGAUGAUCAUGUUCCAUCUCUCUCACCGUCAGGAUCAUGGAAACCUGGCUCCUUUCACCCUGCACGUGUCACUGGUUUCUUCUCCUUUGAUGGUCUUCUUCAGUUAUCGUUGAAGCCGUCUAUCAUACAACAGAAAUACUUCCAGGUGGGAGAUGUUGAGGUUGGGGAAGUAGUCAAAGGUACCAUCAAAAAGCUCACAGACACUGGUCUCUUUGUAUCGCUGUCAGGUGGUGUUGAUGGUGUUAUAUGGCCUAAUCAUUACGCCGACAUCGUAUUGAAGCACCCGGCGAAAAGGUUCAAAGAAGGCGCCAGUAUUAAAUGCCGAGUUCUUGUUGUCGAUCCUGAGCGGAAGCGCAUCUCACUGACUGCCAAGAAAACUCUGGUGGAUUCAAAUCUUCCUGUUCUUUCAAGAAUAGAAGAUAUUGUCCCAGGAGUAGUGACUCACGCUGUAGUUUUCAGAAUCUAUGAAAAGCAUCUUUUAAUAGAAUUUUUCAACAAUCUGAAAGCAAUAGUGCCCUCAAAAGAAAUCAGCGAUACACCGAAAAGCCAGCUUUCCGAAGCCUUUCCUCCUGGACGAGUUGUCCGUGUUCGAAUCCUGGGUGUUGAUGAAGGCCGCGUCACAGCCAGCAUCCGUCAGGCUAAUUCCAACUUUGAAGUCGUCACGGAUAUCAGUGCCAUCGAAAUAGGCAACACCGUAGAAGGCACAGUGGCUGAAAUACACAAAGAUAACGCCGUCCUCACCUUGCAACCGUCCCGGGUCAAAGCCCUCCUUUCACUUAAAAACCUCGCGAACCAUCGCGGUUUGUCUGUUCCUCAAUUGCGCCUCAGCUUAAAGGUUGGCGAGAAAUUGGAUGAAUUGGUUGUGGUCACUCGGAAUCCCGAAAAGGCGUUUGUUUUGGUUGCAAAUAAACCUAAAACUAAAGGAGUAUCAUUAUCGAAGGGCUCUGCUGUAACAAUGGAAAAUGUCUCUAUCGGGCAGCUUGUAGGUGGACGCAUUACUCGUCACACGCGCCAUGGUGCUCUUGUCAAAGUUUCUUCAAAUAUUGGCGGAAUAUUGCACUUGACCGAUCUAGAGGAUGAUUUUGGUGGUGGCAUCACACUGCCUGCCAUUGAUUCCAUUAUCAAAGCAGUUGUUGUUGCCAUUGAUACCUCUAAGAGACAGCUAACUCUAUCUACUCGCCACUCGCGAAUGUACCCAGACCAAGUUCACAAUGUGGUUGAUCGGGAGAUCAGCUCCAUUUCAGAUAUACAAGUGGGCGACAGUGUGCGCGGGUUUGUCAAGAACAUUGCUGACCAUGGUCUUUUCGUAACGAUUGGCCGGGAAGUAGAUGGUCGUGUCCAAAUCAGGGAGCUUUUCGAUGAGUAUAUCAAAGACUGGCAAAGUAAAUUCAAAGAAUAUCAACUAGUUAAGGGCCGUAUUAUCAGUUUGGACCCUGUCGGUAAAAAAGUGGAGAUGUCCUUCAGAUCGAUUGAAGCUUCACAAAGGAAAACAUCUUCUGGCGUCACCUUGAGCGAUCUCAAGGAAGGUCAAAAGGUUUCUGGACUUGUGAAGAAGAUCGAAGACUACGGUUUGUUCAUUCAAAUCAAUGACUCAAAACUAAGCGGUCUUUGUCAUAAAUCUCAGCUUUCUGAUAAUGCUGAUGCUGACGUUGCUGGUGCUCUUCGUGGCUUCCGUGAGGGUGACAAGGUCAAGGCUUAUAUUUUAAGUAUCGAUAACCGUCGGAUAUCUCUCAGUUUAAAACCAUCUUACUUCAGUAAAGAAGACUUGGAUGAGGACACAGAUCCCGAGGACGAGGAUGCUGAGGAGAAUGAAGAUCAGGACAUGGAAGGACAGAGUGUUAUCGACGAACAUUCGGACCAGGACAUGGACCAGGACCAAAGCGGCUUGCAAGAGACUGGGUCCACCAGCCAAACCGGCAGCGAUGAUGAUGAUGACGAUGAUAUGCAGAUCAAUCUUGAGCAGAUGAAAAUCGAGUAUCAGUCGAAGAAAGCUUCAGAAUCAAGUAAUUCAAACAAUGCUCCGAGUUCAAGAGUGCCCACUCUCUCAUUGACCGGUGGGUUCAAAUGGACGGGUGAUGGUCAACUUCAAGAAGAGGCAGAAGAAUCAUCUGACGAAGAUGACGCGGAUGUCGGUCAAUCCAGCAAGAAGAAGCGCAAGCGCAAGCAGAUCGAGUUGGACCUUACUGCGGACAUGCAUACCAAGGCGCCAGAGUCGAAUGCUGACUUUGAACGCGUGCUUCUUGGUUCUCCGAACUCUUCGUUCCUGUGGAUACAGUACAUGUCUUUCCAGCUACCCCUAUCGGAAAUUGACAAGGCACGAGAAAUCGCUCGGCGGGCCAUUCAAACCAUUAAUUUCCGCGAAGAAAAAGAGAGACUUAAUGUUUGGAUCGCGCUGCUCAAUCUGGAGAAUGUCUACGGCACCGACGAGACCCUGGAUGCUGUUUUCAAAGAAGCUGCCCGUGCUAAUGAUUCUAAAACCAUUCAUUUGCGACUGGCCUCAAUUUUCGAGCAGUCUGAUAAAUUUGAGAAAGCCGAGGAACAAUACAAGCGAACUUGCAAAAAGUUUGGCGGAAGCUCAAAAGUUUGGACAUUAUUUGGUGAAUUCCAGUUGAAAAGAGGAAAUACUGAAGAAGGAAGGAAGCUUCUUCCACGCAGUUUGCAAAGCUUGGAAAAGCGAAAACACUUGAAAACAAUCUCCAAGUUUGCGCAAGUGGAGUACAAGUAUGGUGAACCAGAGCGAGGCAAAACAUUAUUUGAGGGUAUUGUCGAUUCUCACCCCAAACGAUGGGAUAUGUGGUCCAUUUAUAUGGAUAUGGAAUCAGUGCAAGGUGAUAUUCAAAGUUUGAGAAACCUCUUUGACCGAGUUCUAUCACUGAAAAUGACUAGUCAUAAGGCCAAAUCAUUCUUUAAGAAGUGGCUGGAGGUGGAGAAAAGAAUUGGCGAUGAAGAAGGAGUCACCAUUGUCAAGCAAAAGGCAACAGAGUGGGCACAACGGGCAUUAAAUGGAUCAUGA